CAGCGGCGGCGAGGCGAACUACGGUGGGGGAUGCUGCGCGGACGCGGGGCCAGUAGUGGUCGGUCGGCCGAGCCGAGUAGUACCGAGCAUAGCCGAGCGCGCCACUCGCGGACACGGUCAUACGACGGUAGCCAGUGGCAGUGUGAACUGUGACGUCGUUGUGGACGGUGGCGGACCUUAUCAGUGAAGUGACAGUGUGUACUUACCAUGGAGACCGGCUUUAGAUAAGGGAGACAUCCAGUCCACCACGAUGCGGAUUAAGAUGCCUGCAGUGCGAAUUGCCCAAGCGGAGGCGGAGGGGCCAUCAGGACAUCCUCACCUGUGGCGUCUGCCAGAAGUCCUUCGCCCUCUCGGACAUCGUCAGGUUCAUCCAACACAAGGUGCUGACCUGCAACAAGGAGAACUACGGGUGUGCGGAGCCCGGGGGGCGCCGAGGAGGCGGACAGUGACGACGGACUGGGAGUCGUGGGCUCCAGGAGGCCCAGCAUAUCCGCUCCCAUCCGGAAGACCGUCCCCAGGCACCACAGCCCCGAGGACGAGCCUAGGUGCUCCACCCCCAUCAAACCUGACCCCGACAGCCCUCGGAUCAAGGAGGAGCUCGACAUCACCUCCAGCCCGGACGAGGGGUCCCUGCAAGAAACUGAGGACUGAGGUUGCGGACGCGGAGUCCAACACUACCCACUCAGAGCCCAGUAACUACGUGUGUUCCACCUGCAAGUUACGACUACACUCUGCCUGGAGACUGGUCCAGCAUGUACAGACGACCCACGGUAUCAGACUGUACGUAGAGUCGUCAUCCACAUCAUCCUCCCCUGCAGCCAGCACCGGGGCGCCAAAAGCCAACCACUCCACAGGAUCAUACUCCAGCUGUUCAGCGUCCUCUUCCUGCUCUAGCGGGUCGGGAAACGGGAACGGCGGGCCUACCACUCCCUCCCUGGGCCUACCCAGGCUGGGACUCCCUCCCACGUCGCCCUUGGUAGACCCGCAUCACCCUCUGCAUCACCCCUUCGGCGUGGGAGGACUGUUGAGAAUGCCGCUUGGCGACCCUUCCAGACACCCGACGUUCCCACCGACCUCCGCGUCCACCGCACUUUCGAGUCACCUCUCCCACUCGAACCCUCUGUUCGCGAGACCCUCUAGUCACCCUGACCACUUCCGCAUGGAGCGGUUGGUCUCUGAACAGAUCCGCUUGAACCAGCAUCACGCCCUUGGCCUGGCCACUGCUGCAGCCGCAGUCGCCGCAGCCGGGGGUGUACCACCACCUCACUCGCCCUUCCCUCCUCCAGCAGACAGACCUCCCAUAGUCCCUCCGACGUCUUCGUCACGGUCAGUCCUUCCUCCACCUCCUGCUUCACUACCGCUCUCCCUCGAGCCCCAGCUGGAUUUCUACUCCCAGAGGCUAAGACAGCUCGCCGGAACGACGAGUCCGGGAGCGGCCAACGGCAGUUCUUCUCCUUCUCCGAGGAAACUUUCACCUCCUUUUACUAGUCCCAAUAGCAACCCACCCACUUCUGGCCCUUCCCUGUCCACCAGCAAUAACAACAAUAAUAACAAUACCAGCAACAACAAUCACGUUACUCCUACAAGAGGGGAAUCUGCUACUCCACCAGAGAAACAGUCGCAAAUGGCUGAGACCCCGACGACCAACUCAACUGAGCUCACAUCUACCCCGAGAUCGGCAUCCAGUCCUCCCACCGGCAAACCCUCCGAGACCUCUGAAUCCGCCGCUGCUGAAGUCGAGGGUCGAUCGAGAGCUUGCGAGUACUGUGGGAAGAGGUUUAAAUUCCAGAGCAACUUGUUGGUUCACAGACGCACGCACACGGGUGAAAAGCCGUACAAAUGUUCUGUGUGUAAUCACGCCUGCACACAGAGUUCCAAGCUCAAGAGGCAUAUGAAGAUUCACCGCAGAUCUAACCAGGGAAACGGGGCAGCCGGUGGCGAGGAGGGCGCGGUGGCUACCAAUGGUAGUACCUCGGCACCGGACCAAAUCUCGAACGCAGGGUCUGUCGAUACGUUGGACGACGAAUGCGAAGACGAGGACAACGAAGAAAUGGACGAUGAAGAAGAUGAAGAUGACGACGAAGAAGAAGAUAUGGAAUUGGAAGACGAAGAGGGUGACGAAGACGACGACCUUGGCGGAGACGCGCCAGAAGAUCUAACGACAAAGUCUACUUCCUCGACUCCUCCCGAUAGUGGGGAGAAAAAUCUGAGCUCAUCAGCCCGACCGACUCCGACGGCAACUCCGUUAGAAAAGGUUGCCAAUUCUGGAUCUCUCGUCGGAGAACUAAUGGAUAAGUUCGGCCUUAGCAACAUCCAACAAUACAAUGAAGCGUAUAAGCAGGCACUACAAGAAUCGGUUGGUUCGCAUCCAUUGCCCUUUUCCAAGAAAGAAGAAAUUCUGCAAAGAUCACUUCUUAUUUCAGACAACAACAACGGAGGAAGUAAACCUCCUCCACCUUCACUAAGACACCUAGAAAACGGGUUCCUAGACAAAUCUGCUGCUAUGAGGAUUCGUGAGGAGUUCGCAAAAAACCUUAUGACCGGCCAGCCUCCUAUGGACUUAGGGAGAGUACCACCGGGUUUCUUCGGACCAGGAACACCUUUCGAGAACCCCUUUGACGCAUCCAGCAAACGGAUAAAACUGGAAUUCGAAACACAACAUCACGCGUUAGGAAGAGGUCCUGAACCGGACAACUUGUACGCCGGAUUGUGGUUACCAGCGAUGGCGGCCCACAGGGAACACAUGUUCGGCGUCGGCAACCCGGAUGACAUGCUCAACCAACGGUCCAAGUCGAUGCCGGAGAACAUGCUUCUAAAAAACGGCCCUAAACCGGGACCGAGCGCCCCCUCGCUAGCAGCGGCCGCUGCGGCGGCGGCGAUGAACCUCGUGCUUCCCGGUCAGAAUAUGAAGAAGGCGGACCACCGGCGGAACGACACGUGCGAGUUCUGCGGCAAGGUGUUCAAGAACUGCAGCAACCUGACGGUCCACAGGAGGUCGCACACGGGCGAGAAGCCGUACAAGUGCGAGCUGUGUUCGUACGCGUGCGCCCAGAGCUCCAAGCUGACGAGGCACAUGAAGACCCACGGUCGCCUGGGGAAGGACGUCUACCGGUGUAGGUUCUGCGAGAUGCCGUUCUCUGUACCGUCGACGUUGGAGAAGCACAUGAGGAAGUGCGUGGUGAACCAGAACAACAAGUCCGGACACAUCUUGCCCUCCAUCAUGAAGAUGGACGAGGAGAUGAAGAUGCAGAUGAAGAUGGACAUGGAGGGUCACAUGAUGCGUAUGGAGGAAGACAUGGAGAGUCGAGACGACGGAGACUCCAGCGCGUCAGCCUCCAAGGACGCCACAUGACUCUUCCCCUGGGGUGGGUUCCGCCAUCUGCCACUACCCUCCGCCAUCUAUUAGCCCUCGCCCCGGCGGAGUCAUCCCAGGUGAUACAAGGACACUACACACGCGUUGUUUGUCAAUUCGUAACUGAUACCAAAGGAAUGGUUAUUCUGUACGCGCGACUGCGGACGCGUAUUUAACUAAGUAAUUAUAAGUGUUAUCUGUUUUGAGCGUUUAACAUUUUGAUCUGUUUGUUUUCUAGUUUGUUUUAGGUUUAUUUGGAAAUUUUAGAUCGACGAGUUUUGUUAAACAGUAUUGUGUUUUCGAAAAUGUUGUUUAAGUAUUAUCGCAUUUGUUUUGCAUUUGGGAAGUGUUUCGGGUUGAUGGUAUACGAAAAAGCAUGAAUACCGAAUUGAAAUUCCUAAAUACCGAAUUCUUACAGAUUUUCACCCCUCUCCACCUAUUACGAAUCGAUUUACAAUUUUAUACUAAACAGAGUGACGGAUCUGCGUAUCCUCGUACUUGAUGUGUUUUACUUGUACUUAAACUAAGCCGUUACAUUCCUCACACCGUCAUGAUUCCAUGUUAAGACUGCUUGGGUUUAGGUGCUGCUUCGUAGCCUACAAGUACCAACGUUUGUUACUUACCUGUUUUGUUUUCGAUACUGAGUUUGUUUGUAUAUUCCUUAGCUUUAGCGGGCCGAGUCCCAUGUAUUCUAUCAUUUACGUGUGUACAUGUGUGUAUAUCAUAAAUAAUAUGUAAAUCGGUUACACCUUGAUGUCAAAACCUUGUAUAAAGCUAGGUUAUUUUCGUGUUAUUUUGUGUGUUCUUCUAGUUGUUUAUAGCGACCCGCCAUACUGAUUACUGUUAGCUCUCGGAAAUAGCUAUGUUAUUUUUCUAUUUGCAGUUACCGCACCUACAAUGUGAUUCCCGUAGAUUUCCGGACGUUUUCUCUUUUCAACCGUCUUUAGAACGCAUAUCACAGGGUAAAUAGAUAUUGUAUUUAUAUAUGUCAUGUCUUUUGUAGAUUACCUUUCCCGUACAUGUCGAUGUGUGGUGACCCGGCCAUUGAAUGGCUUACAACAGAUUGCAUUCGAUUGCAAACCAGUUUCAAGAAUAUAUUUUCAUUUUUAAAUUUAGUUUUGGAGAAAAAAGUCAAAAAAUUAUUGUGAGCAUGCAUUUUUAACACUUGUUAGCAUUAUUAAUUUACCCAAGGGCAAGCAGUUUUGGUAAUAAGCAAAAAUGUAUUCAAUGUUAUAAAACAUACCUAAAUGUCCAAUCGACUGCUUUUUGUUGUAAGCCACUUCUACAUUGUUUGAUAUCAGAUUUUUAUAAAGUAUUAUAUUUUGUUAUUAUUCAUACUUUUAACUACAUUACCUUUCCAUGUUUCAGUAUUACAACUACUUAAUUUACACUGCUACUUAAGUCAGUACUCGAUUCCAUAGUGUAAGAUUUUGGACAUUCUGUUCUGCAUUGUGAUAUUAAAUUAUUUCUGUAUACAAUUAUUUUGGAUUUCUCAACUACGCUGUAUGGUUGUUUAUAAACUAAGGUCGUACGACCAGAUCUAGUUCCUGUGCGCCGUAUGGCCUGUAACAUAGCGCCCAUUGGCGGUCUACUGUAUAUAUCUACAACUGUAUACAUUUUAUUAUUUGAAACCGUGUGAAAGUAUAGUGAUACGUUCCAUAUUUCAUUGACUCUUUUAUUUAUUUAUUGUAUCAUUAUAUUGUACAUGUAAUGUACCAAAAUUAUUGACCGUAGAGUUGUGUAUUUAUGGAUAAAAUAUGUGAAUGAAAAUUU